AUGUCUCGCAGACACCCUCCACUCCCACGUCCGAUAUGUAGACCUUUACCCCCUAUAAAUAUCCCACUUAGAGAAAGUUGUGCCCGAUCUCCAGAAGCUGCUGACCCUCUGAUUCCACCUUUACACCGGCUGCGCCUUGAAGAAUCGCAAACCAGUCCUACUGCGCCACCUAUUCCGACCACACUGCGCAGCAACCCACCAACCUGGGGACAACUGAAACAACUCUCCAAUCAAGCACAGCAUCUCAUGGAAGGGCAAGGUGUUAACGUAACCCCUGAGAAUAUGUUUGUGGCUAUGCUUGCGAUCAUCUCAUGCCAGUCUUUGUCAAAUUACUAAGUAGAGGAAU